AAGGUCAGUUUGUUAACAAUAGUAGUAAUUCUCUCUCUCUCUCUCUCUACAUCCCCAUAACUCACCUUCACACACACACAUUCUGAUUCUCUCUCUCUCUCUCUCUCUCUCUCUCUCUCUCCCCUUUGCAGUGCCAUCAUGACCCACGUCAAUCUACCCAACAUUUCUACCACAUAAAAACCCUAAUUUCAUCACUCUUCACACUCCAGGCACGGAGAAGAAACUAAAAAGAGAAUAAUAAAAGAGGGAUUUGAAGGGUUUUAUUUAUGUCCUUCAAUCAAUCAAGGGCUGACAGGAGCGAUUCAUCACAGUACAGAAAAUCGGGCGGCCGAUCCGGGACCUCUGCGCAGCCAAGGAACUUCUCAGGCGGUAGCGGGAAGGGCGGCGGCGGGCCCGCCCCUCCACCAUCUUCGACUUCUACCACUUCCUCUUUGUCUUCCAACCGAAGCUUUAAGAAGCCUAAUAAUGCUCAAGGAGGACAAUCUAGGGUAAGCGGUGUCGGGGUAAAUCCAGAUUCUAGUUAUGCUUCUGCUGCCCGGACUCUACAAAAUGGUACCCAUUUGCAACCGUCAGCGCAAGCUGAUGCCCCAGUUGCAGGGGUUCCUCUCAAGCCAACAGCAGAUAUGGCAACUCAGAAGAGCACACAAGCUGGUCCAAAGGCUCCAUCUUCUCAGCCAGCCAUUGUCAAUUCUGAUUCUACACCUCCUGCAACCCCUGCAAAACCUUCAGGAGAGGCGUCUAAGUCCUUUCCUCUUCAGUUUGGGUCCAUUAGUCCCGGUUUCGUGAAUGGAAUGCAGAUACCUGCUCGGACUAACUCAGCUCCACCAAAUUUGGAUGAGCAGCAACGCGACCAGGUACGUCAUGAUUCGCAAAGAACUGCACAACCAUUUCCAAUUCCUUCUGUUCCUAAGAAGCAAAUGCCAAGGAAGGAUGGAGAUGCUGGCGACCAAUCCAUUACUGGUGAGGCCCGCCAAAUGGCCAAGCCUAAGAGGGACGUCCAGUUUUCAUCUGUGUCCCCUGUAACCCAAACUCAGAAGACUUCUGUUCAUCAUGGCCCUGGGGUUUCCAUGCCAAUGCCAUUUCACCAGCCACAAGGCCCCGUUCAACCAGGUGGACCCAAGCCGCCGAUUCAGUCACAGGGCAUGGCUUCCCCUUCAUUGCCUGUACCUAUGCCAAUGCCAAUGCCAAUGCCAUUGCCCAUGGGAAAUGCUCCUCAACUGCAGCAGUCAGUAUUUCUUCCAAGUCUACAACCCCAUCCAAUGCAACCUCCCGGGAUAAUGCACCAGGGUCAGAGCUUGAAUUUCCCACCUCAAAUGGGUCCCCACAUGCCUCAGUUAGGUAACUUGGGAAUUAGUAUUGGGUCCCCCUUCGCUCAACAUCAGGCAGGAAACUAUGGUGUUCAACGUAAACCUGUCAAGAUUACACAUCCAGAUACUCAUGAAGAGUUGAGGCUUGUUGGGUCGUCAGGCACUAGGUCUCACCCAAAUGUGCCACAAUCCCAGCCCAUUACACCUAUUUCGCCUGCUCGUCCGAUAAACUAUUAUCCUAAUCCUUAUAAUCUCAAUUCCCACUUUUUUCCAGCACCAAGUUCUGUUCCUUUGUCUAGUACCCAGAUAAAUCCCAGUUCCCAGGCUCCAAGGUUUAGUUAUCCUCCUAGCCAGAGCACACAAACACCAGCUUUUGUGAACCCUUCUGCUCAUAACUCUUACUCUUACUCUAGUAAAACUAGUGCUCCAUUACAUGGUGCUUCUGAAUCAUCAAGUUUGGAACACUCACGUGGUGUUCAUAGUUCAAUGUCUUCAGCUCCACCAGCAUCUGUACAGGUGACAAUUAAACAAGCUACUGGGUUAAGUGUAGAGAAGAUUGCUGACUCAUCACAGGUAGUUAGCUCAGCUUCUAUUGAAAAGGGUGAAACACCUACGAUCUUUCAGCAGCCGGGGGAAGAUGGCUCACUUAAUCUUCAAAGUAAUUCGGAUGCUUCACAGCAACCAAAACGUAGUCUAGAACCAACGUCAUCUUCAGUGACUGCAGCAGUCAAGGAAUCUACUGCAGCGUCUCCUUCUGUUGAUGCGCCCCUUGAGAAGUCUGCACCAGUAGUGACCAAUAGUACUGAAAACAGAAGGCAAACAAUUUGCAGGGCUGACUCUAUAAAGGAUCAACAGAAGAAGAUCAAGAAAGGAUUCUCUCUGCCACACCAUCAGCAGGUUCCUGGACAAUCUUCGUCUAUUUCAAGCUUGUCCUCUCAGUCUUCCGAACUUACUAAUUCCUUUACCCGUGCUGAGACUAUGGUCACUGCUUCAUCGAGUAAUGGAGGAGGUACUGUGGAAUCUGCCAAGGAAUCACUGUCCACUCAUAGUACUACUACUGCUGAUGCGCCUGAAUUCAAAACUGACAGUGGUCAGCAAGGCUCCACAUGUGAGUCCUCGGAGACAUUGGGCUCUUUUGCAAUUGUUGAUAGUUUGGAAACUGAUAACCAUGCCAGGAAAAAUGAUUCUUCUCCUGACAAUGAACCACUAAAGCUGGAAACUAUGGGAACAAAAGACAGUGAAGCGCCCAAAGAGGACAAAUAUAGGUCCGAGUCAUCUGCAGAAUCUGUCUGCACAAAAUCUACAGAAUUAGUUAAUCAAACUGAAUUAAACUCUGGCGUGAAGGUGACAAAUAACUUGCAGGAGUUUAAUCCGGAAAUUGCUGGUAAGGAUUCAGAAGAGCCCUUGGGCCAUUGCAUGAAAGAUGACGUAGUGGCUGAUGAAUUAGUGAUACCUACUUCCCUAGCACCAGAUGAUACAAAUGAUAAAACUUCCCCUAGUUCAAACAGUGAUAGCAAGACUUCAAUUUCAGAUGUCUCUUGUAGUAGAAGUGAUAGCUUGGGUGGUAGACAAGCUGUUGUUACCAAGUCUGUUCUGUCUGAUGAGGGGGAAGCUCCUGUUUCAGCUAUUCCGUCUGUUUCAGAACGACCUUUGGAAAGUGAAGGGGAAGGCACUGAGUAUGGUAAUGUUGGCUUGGUAUCUCUUCCUGCAGCAGCUUCCAAGGAUAAACCUGUGGUAGAACUUAGUAGGUCAAAGAGUAAUUUCUCCAAAGGGAAGAAGAAAAGAAAAGAAAUUCUUCAAAAAGCAGAUGCUUUGGGAACAACCUCUGAUCUGUAUAUGGCCUACAAGGGUCCAGAGGAAAAAAAUGAAACUGUUGCCUCUUUAGAAAGCACUACCAGUGCAUCUAGUGUUGCUUCGAAGCAGGAAUUUGUUGAUACUAUGCAGGAUGACAUCGUAUUAAAAAAAGGUCAACAUAAAUUCGAGCCGGAUGAUUGGGAAGAUGCCGAUGAUUUCUCAACUCCAAGGUUGGAAGCCAUGGAUGAUGGGAAGCAGGUUGAUGAAGGAUUGAAGCAUCAUAGUGACGAUGGAAAUGGCGUAAUGACCAACAAGUAUUCUAGAGAUUUCCUUCUGAAAUUUUCCGAGCAAUUUAGUGAACUUCCGGAAGGUCUGGAAAUUACAUCUGAUAUUGCAGAGGCCUUUAUGGCUUCUAAUCUCAUUGCUUCUCGUGAAUCACACCCUAGUCCUGGAAGAAUUAUUGACAGGCCUUCUUCGGUUUCCCGAUUAGAUCGUCGUGGGAGUGGCUUGGGUGGUGAUGACAAGUGGAAUAAAUUACCUGGACCUCCUGUUUCAGGGCAGGACUCACGAGUGGAUGGUUAUGGAGGCAAUUUCCGACCUGGUCAAGUGGGGAAUUAUGGGGUUUUAAGGAACCCACGUGCCCAAACACCUCCUCAAUAUGUUGGAGGGAUACUCUCCGGGCCUGUUCAGUCUCUGGGUUCUCAGGGAGGUGUACAGCGGAACACCCCUGAUUCAGACAGGUGGCAGCGUGCUAGCUCUUUUCAGAAGGGUUUGAUUCCUUCUCCUCAAACUCCAUUACAGGUAAUGCACAAGGCCGAGAAGAAGUAUGAAGUAGGUAAAGUAACAGAUGAGGAGAUGGCCAAGCAGCGGCAGUUGAAAGCUAUUCUAAACAAGCUUACACCGCAGAACUUUGAAAAACUUUUUGAGCAAGUCAAAGCGGUAAACAUUGAUAGUGCGGACACUCUCGCUGGUGUGAUCUCACAGAUAUUUGAUAAAGCUCUAAUGGAACCAACUUUCUGUGAGAUGUAUGCCAACUUCUGUCACCGCCUUGCUGGAGAGUUGCCUGAUUUCAGUGAAGAUGAUGAGAAGAUCACUUUUAAGAGGUUGCUUUUGAACAAGUGCCAGGAGGAAUUUGAGAGAGAUGCAAGAGAGCAAGAAGAAACUGACAGAGCUGAUGAGGAAGGUGAGGUUAAGCAGUCUGAGGGGAAAAGAGAGGAGAAGAGGAUCCAAGCAAGGAGACGUAUGUUGGGUAACAUUAGGCUGAUUGGGGAAUUGUUCAAGAAGGGAAUGUUGACUGAGAGAAUAAUGCAUGAGUGUAUAAAGAAGUUGUUGGGCCAGUAUCAAAAUCCUGAGGGCCAGUAUCAAAAUCCUGAUGAGGAAGAUAUUGAAGCUUUGUGCAAAUUAAUGAGCACAAUUGGAGAGAUGAUUGACCGUCCAAAAGCCAAGGAUCACAUGGACGCAUAUUUCGAUAUGAUGGCGAAGUUGUCAAACGACAUGAAACUGUCUUCUAGGUUAAGAUUCAUGCUGAAAGAUUCCAUUGACUUGAGAAAAAAUAAAUGGCAGCAGAGGAGGAAAGUCGAAGGGCCGAAAAAGAUUGAGGAAGUGCACAGGGAUGCUGCUCAAGAACGACAUGUGCAAGCUGGUAGGCUAGCGCGGGCUCCUAGCAUGAACUCUUCAGUUAGGAAUCGUCAACUGCCGGAUUUUGGUCCUAGAGGCUCAGGUAUGCUAUCUUCUCCAAAUACUCAGAUGGGUAGUCUCCGUGGGUUGCCUCCACAGCUCCGUAGUCAUGGAAUUCAGGAUGCCCGCAUGGAGGAUAGACAUUCUUUUGAGAAUAGGGUUCUGUCCGUUCCCUUGCCUCAGAGACCCAUUGUCGAAGAUUCUAUUACACUUGGACCCCAAGGUGGUCUUGCUAGGGGAAUGUCCAUUAGGGGGCAGCCAUCAAUGCCCACUAGUCAGAAUGGUUACAGUUCAGUACCAGAGAAGACAGUUUACAGCUCAAGAGAUGAUCUCAUUCCAAGAUACAUGACCGAUAGAUUUGGUCCUUCUCAUGACCAGUCAAUACAAGAUCGAAAUGUCAACUUUGGGAACAGGGAACUCAGGAAUGCUGAUCGGAGUGUUGAUAGAUCUCGUCCUAUUUCACCAAUCAUACACAGCAGGGAACAGACUCGCCCACAAAGUAUUUCUUCAGUUAACGUAUUUCCAGAAGAAAUCUUGCGAGACAAGUCUAUAGCAGCUAUUAAAGAAUUCUACAGUGCCAAAGAUGAGAAGGAGGUUGCUUUUUGCAUAAAAGAAUUGAAUGCUCCCAGCUUCUAUCCAAGAAUGAUUUCUAUUUGGGUCACUGAUUCAUUUGAGAGGAAGGAUAUGGAAAGGGAUCUUUUGGCUACGCUACUCGUCAACCUUUCAAAAUCCCAAGAUGCCAUGUUAAAUGGAGAUCAUCUCAUCAAAGGGUUCGAGUCCGUUCUAGCUACUUUGGAGGAUGCCGUAAAUGAUGCGCCAAAAGCUGGAGAAUUCCUUGGUCGAAUUUUUGCUAAGAUCAUAAUCGAACACGUGAUUCCUUUCAAAGAAGUUGGGCAACUGAUACUUGAAGGAGGAGAGGAACCAGGAAGUCUUGUUGAGAUGGGGCUUGCGGCUGAGGUUGUUGGAACCAUUCUGGAGACUAUUAAGGUAGAGAAAGGUGAUUCCGGCUUGAAUGAGGUUCGAUCGAGCUCUAGUUUGAAGAUCGAGAAAUUCAGACCUCCAGAUUCAAGGAAACCAUUGAGACUGGAUAAGUUUAUUUAGAAGGAUAGAGAUGCUCAUUGUAUCUUGGUAAGAGGAGAAGUUUCAUUUUGCAGGAAAUAUUUUGCUUCUUUGGGGGGGUGGGUGGGGUGGGGUGGGGUGGGGAUCUGUCAUAUAUGGGAUUUUGUUCUUCAUGACUUUUUAAUAUUAUUUCUUCAAGAAGGUAACUGCAAAAGGUUCAAUUGAGCAUCCCAAAUUUCAGCUUCUUA